CGUUCAUAAACCCUUGCGAUGCGCCUUCAUUUCGUUACCUCUUAAACCCUUCUCAACUCUCUCUCUCUCUCUCAACUCCCAUGAAUUCACUCGCCCCUAAAUUCCGUAAUCUUCUCCGACUUCCUGAUUUCUCCACUGCGGCGUGUCUGCAGAGGAGCUCGAAGGUUUUCUUCUCGACUGAGCCAUUCGAUUCGGGGAAUACCCCUGACAAAGAGGGCCCAGACGCCCCGGAAAUUGAGGAUGAUGAUUUUCUCACCGAGAGGCCGGAGUUACAGCUCCAGGGCGUUGAUCCCAGGAAAGGCUGGAAUUUCCGCGGCGUGCACCGGGCUAUUAUAUGUGGAAAAGUUGGUCAAGCCCCCAUUCAAAAGAUCUUGAGGAAUGGUAGAACUGUAACCACGUUCACUGUAGGAACUGGAGGUAUGUUUGAUCAGCGGACCAUAGGUUCUCAGGACUUGCCAAAACCAGCUCAGUGGCAUCGUAUUGCAGUUCAUAACACUAUGCUUGCAGCCUAUGCAGUGCAACAAAUUGCGAAAAAUUCUUCAGUUUACGUUGAGGGUGAUAUUGAAAUAAGAGUCUACAAUGACAGCAUCAACGGAGACAUAAAAAGCAUACCAGAAAUUUGUGUGCGCCGUGAUGGAAGGGUUCGGCUUAUAAAGGCAGGGGAAAGUAUGAGCAAUAUUUCCUUGGAUGAGCUACGUAAGUUUUCUUAUAUACUUGUUCACUCGCGAUCAAAUUUCUUCAACUUUUUUGGAUUUUGUAACCCAUUUCUCUUAUUUGAUUAAAGGUGAAGGAUUAUUUUAGGGAAGUCCAGUAGCUAAGUGCAUGAACACAACUUUCAGCAUGUAGGGCGAUGAAGAACCUUAAAACAAUGAGCGAAACUGAUUCCAACUGUACGUGCACAGGUCGAGACAUGUCUUGUAAUAUCUGGCAAUGUAUAUUGCCUUUACUUCUCUUGAAUACAUUUCUCUUUACUCAUAAUAUUUCGAUUUAUUUCA